AUGGCUAGUCCUGUGGCAGGCGAAUAUCCUCAGCUCGUUUCCCCUCCUCCGGUUUACCUUCGAUCUUCUCCGCCCCCUCCCCCUCCUCACCGUGAGCUUGCUUCUCCAACUACCUCCAAGCGACCAUUGAGCAUGGCUAUUUCACGAAAACCUCUCCCGGCUACUCCUGGAGACCGGGAGUCCUUUACACCUUCGGUGAGGAUUGACGGGGAUGAAGAGCCACAUGCGACUUUUGAGAGUGAUUACGAUAUACCACCAAUCCCGACCAAUGCAUUCACUCAUAUGUCAAUUGAAGAUCGGCCGCCUACCCAUGCAAGAAGCUCAAGUGGCCCGUUCCCACCACGGCGAGAUUCGUAUGCUACCUCACGCGUUGCUGAAUCCUCCGUCCAUCAUACGCCCGCCAGUAGUGGCUCUUGGUCGGUCGUAGAGGCCCAGGUAAAGGAUGAACCAAACAAUUUGGCAAAGACAAGCGGUUCAUCGUUGGAUCAAGAUACACCAAGUGCUGGCCAGAACAGCUCUCGCGGUAGUUUGGAUAGUGUGGUUCAGGAACCGGAGGCCUAUGAACCUUUACACUACCAUCACCGCCCCUAUCAAAGCUCCCAGCCUGCUUCGGGGGCUACCCCCGCGACUGGAUCGGCCGAGAAUUUUAUUAGUACAACCGGUCAUCUUGCCGUGGGGAAGCCGCGCAGACCGCAUUCCACGUAUUCUUUUGGUUCGGACCUCGACGGACGGAAUAGUUCUCCCCAUGCUUCUCCGUAUCUACACGCGCGCUCGUCGUCCAGUGCGUCACCCGACGUUCGGCCACUGUCUUUUGUUGAUCUCCUCAAUACACCGUACCCCCAGCCAGGUCCCGCACCGGUGCAACUCGGCAAUGCACAUCUCCGCUCAUCUGUCGGUAACAACGCAUCUUUGCUCAGCCAUAAACAAACUUUUGAUAUGUACCUUGGCAAUGUUAAGAAGACGGAUAACCCGGCGGUACAGUAUGAAUUUGCAGUCUUUAUGGUCAAUGCCAUGUUGGACAUGCCGGCCGAGGAACUAGGCGAGGGAGUGGCGGCUGUCUAUGGCCGAAAAGAGCCAGAGAUCACUCGAUCAAGCCUGCUCAAAGAAGCCAAGUCAAUUCUUCAGCGCCUAGCUGACCGCAGCUAUCCGUUUGCGCAAUACUACUUAGGCGACGGUUACGCAUCGGGACUUUUCAGCAAAGGCAAGGAGGAUUACGAUCGGGCGUUUCCCCUUUUUGUAGCGGCUAGUAAGCAUGGCCAUGUGGAAGCAUGCUACCGCACCGCGCUUUGCUACGAAUUUGGUUGGGGGACUAGGGUUGAGGCGGCGAAAGCCCAGCAAUUUUACCGCCAAGCCGCGUCUAAGAAUCAUCCGGGUGCUAUGCUGCGCAUGGCAAAGGCUUGCCUAGCGGGUGACAUGGGUCUCGGCAAGCGGUAUCGAGAAGGCAUCAAAUGGAUGAAACGGGCCACCGAGUCUGCCGACUCACAGUACAAUUCUGCCCCAUACGAGCUGGGAUUGAUGCAUGUGGAGGGAUAUGGUGAUGAUGUCUUCCCAGAUCCCGCCUACGCUGCCCAGCUCUUUACCAAAUCGGCGGAUUUGGGGCAUAUCGAGGCCAGCUAUCGCCUUGGAGACGCUUAUGAGCAUGGAAAACUGAACUGCCCUCGAGACCCCGCCUUGAGCAUUCAUUUCUACACCGGAGCUGCGCAGUCAGGCCAUCCAUUGGCGAUGAUGGCUCUCUGUGCGUGGUAUCUGGUGGGUGCAGAGCCUGUGUUAGAGAAAGACGAGAGCGAGGCGUACGAAUGGGCUAAGCGAGCAGCAGAGACUGGCUUGGCCAAAGCCCAAUACGCAGUGGGCUAUUUCACCGAAAUGGGUAUUGGCUGUCGUCGUGACAUUCUGGCAGCCAACUACUGGUACGUGCAAGCGGCUGACCAAGGCGAUGUUCGGGCGACACAACGGAUUGCUGCCAUUCGAGCUGCUUCAGAUGGAGUGGACCCAACGCAGGCUGCUAUCAAUGGUCGAGGAGAAAAGACGAAGAAGGAAGGGGGGAAGACGAAACGAUUCGGCAUUUUUUGA